AUGUACAUUACACUCACCAAUUUUCUUCUUUCCAAUUCACCCAAGUGGCAAAAAGCAGUUGGAGCAAGUCCAAUAGUUGUCGGUGUUGGCGGUGUUGGGUGUGGAAAAACCACAGCAUCCAAAGUCGGUUUGGCUUUAACUGGUGGAUGGCCGCAGCUAUUCUUUUCUUUAUUCACAGAUAAGGUAUGCAUAAAUUCUUUAAAUUCUAUUUGUAAAAUUAAAGAAUGUUUUGGAACCAGUUACAAUGCAACAAAUGUAUUACUUUUUAAGGAGUGAACGUCAACUUCACAGUCAUUUCCAUAUGGUCUAUUUAUCCAAUUUCUUAUUAACUUUACAUAAUUUAGUGGUUGCAAUUAUAGCCUGGUUGUAAUAUUUCACUCCCAAUAAUUUGUAAAUUAGCGAUAAUCUGUAAUGUUUGAGCGGAAAAUACUGCUACAUGUAAUAAUCGCCCCUGACUUAUCAGCCCCCCAAUACAAAAUUGCUUCCUAUGUUAGUGAGCAUGCCUAAGUCACUGUACAUGAAAGCAUAAAUACAAUGCUGGUCAUAUGAAAUUCAACAAAGGAUUAUGUACCAUAUUUUCUAAUUACAAAACUAACUAACAGGUGAUUGGCCGUGUUGCAACAUGCACUACAUUGGGUUGCAUCGCUGAUGACCCCACCAAACCAAAAGAUCUUGGGGAUGCAGCAAAGAGAUUCUAUGAUGCUGGCAAAGCAGUAUCGUGUGCUGGAAAUUGGACACCUCAAUGCUGUCCUAUGUUUACUGUCAACAACCAUGUUAUUGAAUGGCUAUUAAAACCCGAGAGAGGUCG